AUGGCAUCUACCGCAACGGGUCGAAAUACUGUGGACCGGGAAGAGUCAGAUCCUGGAAUGGCGACAAGAGAAUCAGAGACAAAACACGAAAAAACGAGUGACGAGGAUGCGCAAUCGAGCGGCUACCACCAGGACGCGACAUUGACGGGCGCAGAAGAUGGAGAAAAGAAAAAGAAGAACCCGUCGAAGCUGAAGGCAGCAUGGGGGAAGCUGGGAUUGGAUGUGGGAACGGUGAUGAUGAUGGGCAAAGCGGCUUUGCCUCCAACCAUUGCGUUGGCUAUGUAUCAAGCAGACGAUGUCGCGGAACACUACACUACUCUCGGUUACUUAAUCGCCAUCAUGAGUAUCCUCGGGUUCUGUAUUAUGCCUAGAGCCAAGUUCGUUCAAACUAUGACCUUGAAUAUACUAGCGACAUGCGUCGGCUCAGCCCUUGCGAUGCUCAUGGUCUGGUCUGGCGUCAAGGCGCGGCAACACACAACGGUCCCGGGCGCACCACUACAACGAUAUAACUCUUCCCAAUCCGUUGUACUCGCAGUUUGGCUCUUCUUCCAGAUCUAUAUCAUCAAUGUCAUGAAGGCCAAAUUCCCACAACUGGCGUUCCCAACAAUCAUCUAUGGAAUUCUAGUCAAUGUUGCGGCGACCACAGGCUUUCUGUUUCAAACAGUAGCGCAAUGCGAGGCCUUUGUUCAAAGGUUGCUGGAAGCGUUCCUGACCGGUUUUGCGAUCGCGACGGGUGUGAGCUUGUUCAUCUUACCCGUUACCUCCCGAAAAGUCGUCAUGAAAGAGGCUGCAGGAUACAUUGGAUUGUUGAGGGGUAUGCUUGGUGCACACAAAACUUAUAUCCACAGCUUGGAAACUAGCGAUAUGUUUGGGCAGAAAUAUGUACCAGAAGAUAAGAAAGGCGCGAAGGCAAAGGUCAGUCCUGAGGUUCAGACGAUCAAGACAAUGGCGGGUGCAUUGCAAGGAUUACACGGAAAACUCACUGCGGACCUGCCAUUUGCGAAGCGCGAGAUCGCAUAUGGUAAGCUGUCAUGCAAUGAUCUCGAAGCUAUUUUCAAGCAUCUCCGGUCGAUCAUGCUGCCAGUCUUGGGUCUGGGCUCCAUCGUAGAUCUUUUCGAGCGCGGAGCGGAAAUGAACCACUGGGAUGGAGAAGAGGACGAACACGACGAACAAAUGCGUAAAAAGACUGUGAAAGAGUGGAAUGAUAUGUUUCAAUUCGUUCAUGAGCCGUUCAACAACAUAUUCGAAGCCCUCGAUGAUGGACUCGCCCACAUCUUGCUUAAACUGCAGCUCGCCCCGCCACCAAAGAAGAAAAAGGGCCAGAACCAGGAUGACGCAGAAGCCAAGGGUGAUAAGGUCAAACCCGGAGAUGCUGGUUUUGCAGAGCACUUACAGAAGCAAGCCAAUCUGUUCUUCAGUAAGAAAGAACCAACCCUCCGCCACUGGGUCGACACCAAAGGUAUCAAGCUUCGUGACGACUACUUCAGCACCCCGUCAACACUCGAAGAAGAGAUGGAAAAUCUACUCCCCAGUAUCACCACACGACAGCGGGAUCAGCGACAGUUAUUCCUUGUCCUAUACAUUAUGUUCCUACUAAACUCAAUCAGUCGUGCCACGCUCGAAUUUGUCAAGUUCGCUGACGAACGCGACCAAGCUACUGCGAAGAGCAAACUCAUCUGGCCCGGUGGGAGGCGCUUCAAGAAAUGGGUAAAGAGUAUAUUUCAGAGCCAGGACGCCAAUCUCGAAGACGAAACGAUGGCCGUGGGAUCCGACAGGCAGAACACGACUGUCUACAUGGGAGAAGCAUACCACACAAAGAAAGAUCCAGAGCAUCUGCCUCCAGCCAAUGCAUGGGAGAAAUUUGGUAAUGGCGUACGAGGCAUCUCCAAGUUCCUUGCAAGUCCUGAAUCAGCCUUUGGUUUCCGCGCCGCUUGCGCCACAAUGAGUAUAGCAGUCGUCGCCUUUCUUCGCCCAACGCAGGCCUUCUUCAUCGAGCAGCGCUUGGUCUGGGCACUCAUUAUGGUCGCCAUUUCUAUGACCCCCACCUCCGGUCAAGCAAUCUUCCAGUUCGUACUACGGAUCGUCGGAACAUUCGUCGCAAUGUUAUUCGCAUGGUGUAUAUGGUAUAUUCCCGCUCAGAAAACCGCUGGUAUCCUAGUCUUCCUCUGGAUUUUUGCAGCGAUAGGCUUCUACAUUGUUAUCAAGCGUAUAGACCUGGUUAUUGUUGGUAUCAUCAGCGUUGUCACAGCCACCAUGAUUGUCGGUUAUGAACUACAAGUCCGCAAGAUUGGCGUACAGGCCUCCACGGUGACCGGUCAGCCUGCAUAUCCCAUCUACGAACUCGGACCUUACCGUUUGGCUACCGUUGUUGGCGGUCUGGCAGUAGCUUUCUUCUGGCAAAUUUUCCCAUACCCCAUCACGGAACACUCUGCUCUCCGCCAGAAACUGGGCGGCUCGUUGUAUCUAUCAGCGAACUUGUACUCCAUCAUGCACGAGCAGGUCAUGGGACGAAUCCGCGGCGAACUCGCCGGCGAGGAAGAAAGCAACAAGGAAUGCCCCGGCUACAAGCUCAUCAAGGCGCGCAACAAGGUGUUUGCCAAGCAAAUGCUCGCGCUCCAAGGCUUGAAGAUGCACGCCGGUUUCGUAAAGUGGGAAUUCCCCUUUGGCGGCAAGUUCCCCAGAAAAGAGUACGAGAAAAUCAUCGGUUUGGUUGAAAACAUCGUAAACUACACCGCCCUCCUCGGCUACUCUUCCCAAGCCUUUACUCAAUCCUCCCUCGAGCGCCAAGCCCAAACCCCCACCUCCACAACUGCAGACACGGCCCCAACCCCCCUCUACUCCCCAAACAACAACCAAGACCCCCAGUCCUCAGCGCAAUGGUUCUCAGACUUCCGCCGCGUGAUCCUCGACGCAAAAGUAACUUCCCACGAGCUAACCUCCUUACUUGCCAUGCUCUCCUCCUCCAUCUCAAACGCACAGCCCCUCCCGCCCUACCUACAUACGCCCCCCGGUACCCAACUAAGCCAGAAACUAGCGAGUAUCGACCCAGAGAUUAUGAGCUUGAGACAUGUUUCUGAGCCGGGGUAUGCGGCGUUUGCGGUUAUGAGUAUUAGUACGAGGUGUAUACAUAUGGAUGUGGAGAAGUUGUUGAAAGCGGUUAAAGGGCUGGUGGGUGAGAUGGACUUUUCGUUUCAUGUGGUUAGUACGAGGGAUGGGAGUGCGAGUGUGAGUGGGUCGGAUGAGACGCUGGUGAAGAGGAGUACGCGGAAGAUGGAUUAA